CAGGCCAGUGCGAGUCGUAUAAAGACAAGAAGAUGACGAGUGCCAAAUCGCGUAAUGACAACCUUUAUGGGCGCCAAAGUGCACUUGCUUGUCAAGCAAUUAUAAUCCUGGGCCGUUCGUUCGCAGUCCAGGCGGUGGUCGCGAUAGUUAUGAAAGGCGUAGGACGGAUGGUAUGCUCCACCUUCCUCAAACAUUUCUUUUUGGCAUUCACGCUGUCUCUCGCAAUCAUAGCGUUCACUUUCUUUCGCUCUCACAUCCCAGACGUCCGUUCAUAUCUCCAAUCAACCUCUCGGAAUAUGUCGGCCUCCACUUCAUCUUCUUUGAAGCUACCCAAGACACAAGUUGAAUGGCGUCAGGCCUUGGAUGACCUUCCAUCUACACCAGACAAUAUUCCAGCAUUCUUCUUUGGUCAUGGUUCACCCAUGCUAGCUAUGCCUGAGGGUGGGGGCGGAGGAUUUGCAAGCGUCUUGAAACAUGCUGGCUCCAAAGGACCGUUGGCCAAUUUUCUACGUGAUUUCGGUCCUGCGUUACUGGAAAAGUACAAGCCGAAGGGCAUCGUUGUAUUCAGUGCACAUUGGGAAACGUAUGGCGAACGUCUCGUGACUGAUUAUGGAGAGGAAAAUCCUCUCCUCAUGGACUAUUACGGCUUCCAGCCCGAACUGUAUCAACUCCAGUUCAAGUCUAGAGGUGACUCGAGAAUAUCGCAGCGCAUUGUGAAAGCGUUCCAAGAAGCUGGACAACUUGCUCGCACUACGACCAAGCUUGAGGCCCGUGGAGAGGACGGCCGAGGGUUUAGCGGGCCCGGAUUAGAUCACGGCGUUUUCGUUCCUUUCCGACUGAUGUUUGGGGAACAAUUUCUCGACAUACCCAUUGUGCAAGUUUCUUUUGACGGGAGUUUAGAUCCUGCAAAAAACUGGGCCGUAGGACAAGCAGUAGAAGCAUUGAGGAGGGAAGGGCUCCUGAUAUUAUCAGGAGGUCUAACGGUCCAUAACUUGCGCGACUUUUCGUGUUUCUCAGAAGAUUCCGCGCGGCCCACAUACAAGGCGUUUGAUGAAGCUGUAGUCAAGGCCGCCGCUGUCGAGGACCACGAUGCUCGGAAGAAGGCCUUAGUGGCUCUCACCAGCCAUGAAGGCUUCCGACUCGCGCAUCCGAGAGAGGAUCAUUUUGUUCCCCUGUAUGUUGCGGGAGGCGCUGGGGGUGAAGGUGCGGCGAGGGUCGUGGCUGCGAUAUAUGGAUCACCGACUAUUGCAUUUGGCUUGUAAUGAAGUGGCAUACCUUGGCUUGCGACUCGUGUACCGACCAUGUACCUUACAGUUCGUACCUUUAUACGUGUACAUAUUGUCGUCAUGCGAUUCCACGGUCGGCGGUAUUAUAUACUUUAGCUCGGUGCUUGUACAGAGGUCCAAGACGAUCAGCGGACGAUUUAUGACGGGAAGUUAUCUAGACACCGAACGUUUACGCCUCAUCUGCCAACUGCUAUGACUAGCCUGUCACGGGCAUGCAUGGCAUCAUGCGAAUACGAGACGGCACCGUUCAAGUACUGUCAGUGGGAGGCCGCCUGUCGAACAGCUCCUUUCAGCAAGGACUGGACCUGCCAUAUCAAGCCGGC